AUGCCUUGUGGAGAAGUGCUGUCAUUCCUGAAGAGUCUUUCCAGACGGAAGCCUCUGGAACCGGAUGGCGAGGAGUCGAAUUUCCGGCGUUGUCUGGGCACGCUGGAUCUGAUCGCCCUGGGGGUGGGCAGUACCCUGGGGGCAGGAGUGUACGUGCUGUCGGGGGAGGUCGCCCGGACCGUGGCUGGCCCCAGCAUCAUCGUCUCCUUCUUCAUCGCCGCCCUGGCCUCCGUGUUCGCCGGGCUGUGCUACGCGGAGUUUGGCGCUCGCGUCCCGAAGACGGGCUCUGCGUAUCUCUACAGCUAUGUUACAGUGGGGGAGGUGUGGGCUUUCAUCACGGGCUGGAACCUCUUGCUCUCCUACAUCAUAGGAACCUCCAGCGUCGCCCGAGCAUGGAGUGGCACUUUUGAUGACCUCAUCGGAAAUAAAAUAGCCAGUUAUUUAAGAGAACACACUCCCAUGGACUUGCCCGGCUUGGCUCCUUACCCAGACUUCUUCUCGGCCGGACUCAUCAUGCUGCUGGCUGGAAUCCUUGCCUUUGGAGUGAAAGAGUCAGCGAUCGUGAACAAGAUUUUCACAGCAAUAAACGUGCUGGUAUUGAUCUUCGUCAUCAUCUCUGGGUUCAUCAAAGGCGACCUCGGAAACUGGCAAAUUACAGAGGAAGAAAUUAUCAACAGUACAAUCAGUGGAAACCAGUCCUCCUCUAACGACACGGGCGCGGACACUGCAGGCCUGGGCUCCGGAGGGUUUUUCCCCUUUGGGUUUGAGGGAACUCUUGCUGGGGCCGCCACCUGCUUCUAUGCCUUUGUUGGAUUUGACUGCAUUGCAACAACAGGUGAAGAGGUCCAGAACCCUCAGAAAUCCAUUCCCCUGGGUAUCAUAGCGUCUCUGCUCAUCUGUUUCCUGGCUUAUUUCGGCGUGUCGGCCGCCCUGACGCUCAUGAUGCCGUAUUACAUGUUGAGCGUCCAGAGCCCUCUGCCCGUGGCCUUCACAUACGUGGGCUGGGGAGCGGCGAAGUACGCAGUGGCCGUCGGGUCGCUCUGCGCUCUCUCCACCAGUCUGCUGGGCUCCAUGUUCCCCAUGCCUCGUGUACUGUUUGCCAUGGCCAGAGACGGACUACUCUUCAAACCGCUCAGCAAUGUCAGCUCCCGCCAAAGCCCUGUCAUAGCCACACUGUCCUCAGGAGUCAUAGCAGCUGUGAUGGCCAUGGUGUUUGAUCUGAAGGCACUGGUGGAUAUGAUGUCCAUUGGCACUCUCUUUGCCUACACACUGGUGGCAAUCUGCAUUCUCAUCCUGCGGUACCAAGAAGAUCCUUCAGGCUCAGACGAAAACCAUCCAGUUCAGAAAUGGAGUCUUCUGCAUCCCCCCUCUUCUCCAACAGCAAAAAGCUCUAAAGUUGUGUCAUUACUCACCAUAGUCAUCAUCGUGUUGACGGUCAUCCUGAGUGUGAUCGUGACGAAGGGGGUGGAAGCAGAUCUGAUCUCUGAAUGGUGGAUGAUCCUGUGCAUCACAGUGGCCCUCCUCCUCCUCCUCACCUGUCUCAUCCUGAUCUGGAGACAGCCUCAGAGCUCCACCAAAGCUGCCUUCAUGGUGCCAUUAAUCCCAGUGCUUCCUGUUUUAAGCACAUUUGUCAACAUCUACCUCAUGGUCCAGCUGGGAGGAGAGACCUGGAUUCGCUAUGCUGUUUGGAUGGCUGUGGGCCUGCUCAUCUACUUUGGUUAUGGAGUCCACCACAGUGUGCAGAAGAAACGGGAGGCCUCGCACAGACCGUCCCACCUGAAAACAGUGGAUGCCAAACUGGAGCACGGUUUCACAAACAACAGCUCCUCUGUCCCAGAACCACAAACCAAAUUCUAA